AUUGAGAACAAUGUCGCGUGCGUACGUUGGAAAUUUGGAUCCACAAGUUUCGGAGCGAGAACUUGAAGCCGAAUUUCGCGUCUAUGGUGCUCUUAAGAAUGUGUGGAUUGCUAGGAGACCAACUGGUGAUGCAUUUGUCGAGUUUGAUGAUCGCAGGGAUGCUCUAGAUGCUAUAAGGGCUCUCGAUGGGAAAAAUGGUUGGCAUGUGGAGCUUUUUCAUAAUUCUAGAGGAGAAGGUGGGGGAGGCCGUGGUCGUGGACCUCGUGGUGGUGAUAACCUCAACUGUUAUGAAUGUGGUGAGCCUGGUCAUUUUGUGCGGGAAUAUCACUCAAAAGUUGGUGCACGAGGUGUAGGAAGCAGUCGUCUUCGUAGUUCAAGUCCAAGACACUGUAGGAGUCCAAGUCAUGGUCGUUUGAGUUAUAGUCCACGGUACAGUUUUCGUGGAAGGAAGUCUCCGCCUCGUCGUAGGAUAUCACCUCUUUGUGAUCGUACCUGCAGCAGGUCACCUUCAUAUCGCCAUGCCUGA